CAUUGCUAUUCCACCCUUGAAAAAAAGAACGCAGAACCCCCAAAAACAACAUGGCGGGAAAACCAGUGUCUUUGUAGAGGGAAAAUCAAACACUCUCAUUUUGUCCUUGAUUGAUGGAGUGGGUAAUUUCUUUCUCUUCAUCCACCCGCACACCUACCCGCACAACCACCUGCACAAUUUCUUCCGUCUCUAAUUUCUCUUUGAGCCCAAAACCCAAAUAAAUUAUGUCCCAAAUGGAAACCCUAGGCAUUCUCGAUGAAAUUGAAGUUCUUGUCUCUGAUAAACUCCAAGUGGUUUCAUACAAGUGGUUGAGUCGAAAUUUCAUGGUUUCAUCGAAUGCUGCAAAAAGGUUGCUUCAAGAAUUUGUUAACACACGCGGAAGUGGAUUCGAAGUAGUAUACACUCUAUCCGGUUGGUUAAAGAACAACCCUUCAAGUUACCAUAUAAGGCUUGUUUCCGGUCCCAAACUUGAAGAAGCUAAACAAGAAUUCAAUGGCAAUUGCUCAGUUCAGGUAUAUAGUGUUCAAGCUUGCAUCCCAAAAGAUCCAGCUGCACUUUGGAAUGCUGAAUUUGUUCAGGCAGAAGAGCUCUUCAAGCAAUCCUUCACAGUUGAUAAUUGCUUAAGAGAUAACAGAUUUUGUGGGAUUCUUAAUUCCUUUGUUAAGUACAAUUGUGAUGGACCUGCUGCAACCAAAAGUAUGGAAAUCCCAGUAAUUCAAGUGUGUCAAACUAUUACAGCUCCACCAUCUAAGCAAACCAAAGUUCAGCAAAGCCCAAAGGUUGGUCCUCCAUCUCCCAAUCUGGUGAACAGUGUCAAAAGUGAAAGGAAUGGAACAGGAGUUCGUGAUCUGGCUACCAAGCAGACUGUGGAUGAAGAAAAGGUUUCUCUCUUGCCUGCCAAUAAGAAGAAAGGCCAGAGUGAUAAAACCUCUUCUGGAAAUGGAGGUUCGUUGGCAAAUUUGUGGGGUCGUGCAUCUGCCAAGUCAAAGCCAUCUAGUGCACAAGCUGAUAAUGAUAAGCACAUUCCAAAUCCUACUGUGAGUGCAGAAGCUCAAAUUUCUGCUUGUGAAGAAAUUGAAAUUGGGAGCAGUGAUGAUGAGGCUCAGGGUGUGAAUUUUAAGCGAACUUCUAAUGGGGAUAGCAGUAGAAAAAGGAGGGUAGUUUUAGAUUAUUCCGAUGAUGAGUUUGAAGAUGCAGUCAAUCUAGCAUCACCAGAACUUCCAAAGGGCCAAAGCAGUACAGCCUUGGUUUUGGAGAAGCCCCACUUCAAGAAGCAAGCAGAAGAUAAACCAGUGAUCAAGGUAGAGAAAUCAACUGAAGGAGCACCUAAUCAGUUGUUGAGAGAUGAUUCUUCAGUUGGAGAAGGCAUUGACUCUAAAACUUCCUCUUUGGAGAAGAUCCAGAGUGACUUCACCUUCUGUGAUGCUCAGAAGGAUACGGCUGCUGGUGCUGCUCCAAACUCCCCCAAAAGGAGAAAAGUGCUAAAGACACGGAUUGAUGAGCGUGGAAGAGAAGUAACUGAGGUAGUCUGGGAAGGGGAGGAGACAGAAACUAAGAAAGUUGAGUCACAGGAUUCGAAAAAGAAAGCAGAAAAUACUGCAGUUACAAAUACUGUUAACAACAGGGCACCUCUGACUAAGAAGUCUCCAGCAGCAGGAAACGGUGCUCCGUCUAAUCCAGGAAGCAAAGCAGGGAACAAGAAGGGAGGGAACAAGGACCCUAAACAAGGCAACAUUCUAUCAUUCUUCAAGAGGGUUUGAGCAAACCAACUAAAUAUGAAUACGUCAUCUGAUAACCUACUUUUAUUUUCGUCUUUUUGCCCCCUCUUCCCUCUUUUGUGGUUUUCUUUUUGCAUAUUCCUUUUUGGCGUUGUGAAUGGAGGAUUAGGGCCUUGAGGCAAUCGAUAUGCUAAACCUUUUGUGUUGUAUGAAAUCAAUACAUGUUUAUCAUUACUAAUUGCUCA